AGGAGGAUUUAUAAUGGACGGAGAUAAAUAACAUUUUAUUUGUGAGAGACUUCGAUUGUUCGGGAGGAUAGAGGAUUCCAAAUUAAACGACCAAAAACAAAAUUUAUUCAGCCAAAACUAUUAUUAAAUACUACGAGUAUAUUUGAUGAAAUUUAUUUAAUUAAAAUUAAAUUAUCUCAAAAACUAACUCAAAUUAUGAAAUUAUUGAACUGAAGAAUUAAGUAAUAACAAAAGUAUCAAGCCAAAAUGUUGUAGAAAUUAAAUGCAAAAGACAUUCGCAUGUGUGUGGUGGUGGAAAGUAAAAUCAAAACAAAAUUCAACAUUAGAAAGAGAAAAAAACGUAGAAGACGUAAAGAACCAAAAUUAGAAAGCGAUUUAAUCGUAGUUAAAACCAGCGUCAAAGUUGAAAACAAAAUUUUAAAUUUUGGCGAGAUUUGAAUCUUUCUACCGGCCUUUGAAAGAGGGAGGACGAAGUUAAGACUACUUCAACAAGUAAGCAAACCAAUCCAAGGAGCCCAUACUGUGGCAAUUGGAAAACCGCGAGAAAAGUCAAAAGAAUAAGUCGAAUAAAAGAGGGAAAGCCAGUCGGACGCGGACAAAAACCAGCAACACAUUUUUACAAUAAAUAUUGAAAUCAUUGAUAAGAAUAUCUAGCUUAGGAAUGGGAAAAUAACAAACUACAUAAUUGCUAGGAAGUUGUUUGUACCAAAAGGAGACACCCGACCACAACUGAAAAGUAAAUAAACCGCCCAUUGAUUAAACACGUUUAAGAAGAGGAUAUCGGCUUGCAGAAAUUAUAUGCAAUACAUAUAUGUAGUUAUACAUAUAAAAGAAGCUACAUCUAAAUAACUACUCGCUCCCCACGGCGGUGGAUAUUGAAGAACUCAAAUAAGACACAAAAGGCAAUAAAAGUGGCGAACAAUAACAAAAGUUAUGCCGGCAUAUACGUAAAGACGAAACUAUACAAUAAUAUCCCAACUUGGACUCUUCUGAUAUCUAAAUAAAUACAUAUGUGUUAGUGUGCAUCCGAGGCAGCACCAAUCCAACUAAAACGCAAGGAAGCAGCAACUGCAAAGACAAUGCAAUUGCAAUAAAAGGCAUCGAACAACGAAUAUCGACGAUUCUAAGGAGAAGUGCUGCGGUGAAUAACAGAAGCCCCAAUCCAAGGCAAUACGACGAAACAAAACCAAGAGCGAGUGAUUUCUAAGCAGCGACAGAGGCCGUCGUAGAGCUGAAUACCUUCGCGUGUGAGAGAAUGGUAUAUUGGUGUUAGUGAUUGUCUAUUAACAGUUCGCAUAAGUAAUAAAGUAAAUUCUACAACAAAAACAAGCGAGAAAACUUCUGUGUGAAAGAAAAGGCAAAAACUUGGUGAGCCAAUAGACGAUCCACGUACAUACACACACACAACACUGCCAGCGUAGUUGUUUGCAUAUGUGAACGCUGAUUGUGCGACCAUUGUGCGCACUCCGAAGGUUGUAGCAGCAACCACAGCUGCUCAGCAGGAGCAGAAGCGCUGAAGCAUUACUUGACGACUUAACGGAUAAAAAGGCAGCAACCAGUCCCCAUUGUUGCUGGUAGAGGUAUACAGCAGCGUCGGAUAUAGAGUUUGUUAGGUAAAAUAAAAGGUAAAAAGAGCGAGUAGAAGUAAAGGAGAGAGCGCUAGGCUUGAGACGGGAGAGAAUAAAUACUUGCUGAGGCUGUUGGCAUCUUAUGAUGUCAUCAGAAGGGGACACAGAGUGUUUUGGAUUGUACAGCGAUGAUAAGUUACUAUUAAAGGCGGCCACAGCAACAUUGCCAAAGUCAACGCUGGCGUCAUCCUCGCCUUCAUCACCGCUGUUGAAAUUAGAUACCGACUCUGUGGUGAAACAAGAACCGCCACCACCAACGCCGAUUCAGCCGGUUAAAAGCGGAAAGACAAACUUAAACCAAAAUAUAGGCAACACUAGUAACGUCAACGGCGGUUGUAAUAAAAACAACAACAUCUGCAGCAAUAACAGCAUUGGUCCGGCUCUCGAGGAAACACCCGAAAGCGAGCGCAUCGGCAGCGGUGGUGACAACGACAACGACAACGACGACGACGAUAGCGACGUUGUUGUCGUACUUGAAGGCGUCGUAAGCAACAGCGAAGGCGCAACUAAUAGUCUGAAACAGAAUCGCGUUCGUAGUCGUAACCGCAGUGGAAGUCGAAGUCGCAGUCACGGCGAUGUCGGUAACAACAGUGGUGGAAAACAGCAAGUCGUGCAUGCCACUGAGCAAGUCAACCAAAGUAGUCCGUGUGGUGCCAUCAAUAAGACAGCAACGUGCACCGCUAGUUUUCCAGCGCGUUCGAAAUCAACAGCAGUAGUAAUUUCAUCGUCGUCGUCUAAAUUGAAUAAAAAGAACGUAUCCUUAACGUCAAGUGAAUUUCUCGUGAAUAAGAACAGUAAUUCAAUUAAUUUGAAUAGUAAGAAAAAUUUUGUGAAUGGUAAUAGUGCUAUAAGUGUAGAACCGAAACUAUUCGCGUCGGUACUUCCGUUUAGUGCACCGCAACUGAACAACGUUUCACGUUUUCAGGAAAAUACAAGCUCAACGUCGUUGCCGUUAUCGCUUUCGCCAACGCCGUCUUCCCCGCUUGUGCCGCCUACAGCGUCUGCCUUCAUGAGUAGUGCUGCUGCGGCUGUCGCGGGUGCUACUGGAGGAUCUCUGUAUGGAGCCUUAUUAAAUCAGACCACUUCGUCGACCAAUAGCGCUAUUAACGGCGUUAACGUUAAUAACAUUCCACAUAACAAUUCUGACGUCCCUGUAUCCGCUUCUUCGUCGCCAACAGCAUCCCUGCUGUCUGGUAACUUUACAGCGGCUCUUGGCAGCCUCUUCUCAGCAAACGGUUUCGGUUCCGCAAAAAUGUUGAAUGAAUUAUUUGGUCGACAAAUGAAGCAAGCACAAGAUGCUACCAGCGGAUUGCCCGCUACUCUUGACAAUGCCAUGUUAGCCGCAGCUAUGGAAUCGGCCUCAAGCGCUGAACUUCUAAGCGCAGCAGGGCUAGUAAACAGUUUAGGUCUUAAUGCUACAAAUAAAUUGCUCAAUAAUAAUACAAUAAACAGUUUGAAUAGUUUAAGUGAUGCCAAUACAUCUGCUUCAAAUAACGACAAUGCCAAUGCUGAUAGCCAGCAACCAUCUCAUGCCGCGUCUGCUUCACAAUCGCCUAAAAAUCGACGCAGAAGCAACUGCAGUGAUCGGGAAGAAGUGAAUUCGCGCGCCGUUGAUGUAAAUUCUCCACCUCGUGCGCCCUCCGUUAGUUCACCAUCGGCAGUAGGGGAUGCUGCAGCAGCUUUAGAAAGGACAUCGCCCAGCAUUCAUCAGCAACAACAGCAGCAUCAGAACGAAUUAGCUCACCACAUGUUAAGGAACAUACUGCAAGGAAAGAAAGAGUUAAUGCAACUGGACCAAGAGCUGCGCUCAGUGAUGGGCCAACAACAACAACAACAGCUUGCAGAAGGCCAUAAUACGCUUAAACAUAACAACAACAAUUUAUCUGCUGCUAAUAACAAUAACGUCGCUGACAAAGAUUCAAAGAACACGAUAAAUUUGCUGGAGGACACCAUGUCUGACAUCAAGAUUAAAUGCGAGCCAAAUCAAAUACAAAACAACUCUCACCGUACGUCAGCCGAUCGCAGAAAAUCAUCUGAUUCUGAAAAUGCUGAUUCGCAGCUGGAUGAAGAUCAGCAGUCAGAAGGUGACAAUAUGGAUCAACAGAAUACGGAUGAUCAAGAUGAACAACAGCAUUCAGCCUUACAGGUAAGCGUGACUAAGAAAGAGGCAGAAGAAAUUCUCGAAGACGUAGAAUUGAUAGGUUUAAAUUCUCGAUCUGAUUUGGAGUCCUUGGCAUCGCCCAGCCAGUCUGAAAUGAUGCUGUUAGAGAACAGCAAGGAUGAGCUGGAGGAAGAACUUGAGAAAGAUGUUGCUGCCACCAUGUCCAAAAAAACAGGUAUGGAUAUGAAAAGGGCUCGCGUGGAAAAUAUCGUCACCACAAUGCGUUCCAGUCCGUCGUCGCAUCAGUCGCACUUGCAAGUGAAUGGCUGUAAGAAGAGGAAACUAUAUCAACCACAACAGCACGCAAUGGAAAGAUACGUCGCUGCAGCUGCGGGUUUGAACUUCGGAUUGAAUCUGCAAAGCAUGAUGUUGGACGAUGAAGCAUCUACUGAAAUGGAGUCGCCUCAGAUUCAGCAGAAACGCGUUGAAAAGAAUGCGCUAAAAUCGCAGUUGCGCUCCAUGCAGGAACAGCUGGCAGAAAUGCAGCAGAAGUAUGUGCAAUUGUGCUCGAGAAUGGAGCAAGAAUCCGAAUGUCAGGACAUUGACGAUACUGCUAGUGAUAGUAUGGAGCAAGACGACAACGGUGUUGAGCUUUCUCCAUCGCCCUCCUUAACAGGUGAAUCUGGUUUAAAUGACAAAGUGCAACCUGAUAGCGAACGUCCAAGUUCUACCUCGCCAACUUUUCCCAUAAAGGCCCAGAAACAUUUGACCUCGCAAAGUUCUAUGUCUCUCGAGAAUGCCCCUAACAUGCUAUCACAAAUGAUGACCAAAAUGAUGUCAUCGCGAUCACUUGUGAACCAUCCGCAAAUGCAGCAAUCAUUCAAUGGCCCGCUACCACUAUUACAGCACAUGCCACAGUUGCAGGGCGAGGCGGGUGGCAGCCAUUUGUCGCACCCUGCCAUCAGUAACGCUGCCGCUAUGUACCUGGGUCAGCAGUUCUUUUUCGAACAAGAAGCUCGUAUGGCAAAGGAAGCCGCUGAACAUCAGGAGCGGCAGCAGCAGCAACAACAGCAACUGCAGCAACAGCAUCAUCAGCAGCAACAAGAGGCGCAGGAACAACAGCGUCGUUUUGAACAGGAACAACAACAGCGCCGGAAGGAUGAGAAGCAACAGCAACAACAACAGGUACAACAAGCUGCUCAACAACAAGCAGCACAGCAGCUGCAGCGGCAACAGCAACUACAACAAAUGCAGCAGCAGCAACAACAACAGCAUCUGGAACAAACUGUGCCAACUGUCGCUCUAAACCAACCAACCCGACCACACCUGCAUCAUAACCGGCUUAAUCAGCGCCAUAGUAAUCAUUCUUCGCUUAAGUCCGAGCUGUCAGAAAAAUUUAACAUGCUGCGAUCGAGCUCCAAUUCGAUUAUGCGAAUGUCCGGUUCAGAUCUUGAAGGACUUGCCGAUGUACUGAAGUCGGAAAUUACUACUUCACUUUCGGCAUUGGUGGAUACAAUUGUCACAAGAUUCGUACAUCAACGCCGCCUAUUCAGCAAACAAUCGGAUUCUGUGGCAGCAGCCGCCGAACAACUCAACAAAGAUUUGCUCAUGGCCUCCCAGAUACUCGACCGUAAGUCACCGCGUACGAAAGUUGCGGAUCGAUCGCAAUCAAAUCCCAUCAAUAACAGUAAUCCAAGCAGCGCCAAUUCAGCAUCGGGACAAUCCGUCGUGAGUGGAAACUCUAUCGCCAACUCUGCAGCAGUUCAAACAGGUAAUAAUGGUUCUCUUCUUCUAGUUAAUAAUGUCUCCUCAACUAAACAACUAAAUAACGGUCAUAAUAAUAACAUAUCCACUAACCACCUGGGUCACCUGCAGUCCACUGUAAAUAAUGGUGCGCAAAUGCAUGUCGGCCCAGGACCCGCUGUAUCUGUUGGCGGAGUAAAUGUGCCUCAACACUCGCAUACAAAUAAUCAAUCAAGCGCUUUGGCGACCUCAAGUGGUCAGUCAAAUACCCAGCACGCGCAGCAAAUAGCCCAAAUGUCCGCGUUGAAUGCGCAAAAUUGCCAAAGCCUCAUCGCCGCCCCGCGUCUUAAUGGCAAUCAGCUGUCGUUUCCCUCGCCGGCUGCAGCCGCAGCUGCGGCUAUGGGCCUGCAAAUGCAUCAUGCUGCUGCCGCAGCUGCAAUGUCUGCCGCUGCUAAUCAGCAAAAUCAUAAUCAGCAGAUCACGAACGACAGCUCUGCCCAAAACCCUCUAAAUCCGAGUAUUAAAAUGAACUCCAAUUCAAACACAAACAAUACUAACAGUUUAAGUACAAUUAAUAUACCACCUCCUCAUAUACGUCCUUCACCCACAGCGGCAGCAAUAUUUCAGGCACCGAAGACACCGCAAGGAAUGAAUCCGGUCGCGGCUGCCGCACUCUAUAAUUCCAUGGCCGCCGGCGGCCCCAACCAAAUGAACCCCUUCUGCAUUCCAGAGUCGCGUGAAGCCCAACAACAACAACAGCAGCAGCAACAACAACAAUUAGAGCAGAACGAAGCCCUUAGCUUAGUUGUGACACCGAAGAAGAAGCGUCAUAAGGUGACCGAUACGCGCAUAACGCCGCGCACCGUCAGCCGCAUAUUGGCUCAGGAUGGUAUAGUGCCUCCGAAUCCCGUGGCAUCAAACACCAUGUUGGACGGCGCUGGAAAAUUCAGUCAAAUAGGCCUCCACCCCAACCAGCAACAGCCACAGCCCAAUCUUACCCAGUCGGGUUGUAAUCCAACAAACGCAGGAAACAAUAGCACCAGUGCUACUCCGGUCACCGCGAAUAUUGCGGGCAAUGUAAAAACGACGCCCGCACAAAGCCCAUCACCAUGUGCCCAAGCGGCCACCUAUCAUCCGCCGCCACCACCACCACCCAUGUUGCCCGUGUCACUGCCCACCUCCGUGGCCAUACCCAAUCCUUCGUUACACGAGUCGCAAGUAUUCUCACCUUACAGUCCAUUCUUCAAUCCUCACCCGCCACAUGCGCCACCACCCCCGCACGGUCCACAUAGUGGUGCCCAUAGUACGCCAACCGCUGCCCAAAUGCAUCACAUGAAGAUGUCAUCAAGCCCACCCGGCCUUGGCGGUCUGAUGGACUCACGUGAAUCACCACCGCUUCCUCAUCCGCCAUCAAUGCUUCAUCCUGCACUGUUGGCCGCUGCCCAUCAUGGCGGCUCACCUGACUACAGUGCCCAUCUGCGCGCGGCUAUGGAUGCUCAGGACCGUAAUUCAGAUUGCAAUUCAGCGGACAUGCAAUUUGAUGGAAUGCAGCCAACAAUAUCAUUCCUGAAGCAGCAAAUGAUCAAAAAUAGCGACUCCUUGACUCCACUGCACUCGUCAACAUUAACGCCAAUGCACCUGCGCAAAGCCAAACUGAUGUUCUUCUGGGUGAGGUAUCCUAGCUCAGCGGUACUGAAAAUGUACUUUCCGGACAUUAAAUUCAAUAAGAAUAACACAGCACAAUUGGUUAAAUGGUUCUCAAACUUCCGAGAAUUCUACUACAUCCAAAUGGAGAAGUACGCGCGACAAGCGGUUACCGAGGGCAUCAAAUGCGCAGAUGAGCUGCAAGUUGGAGGUGACAGUGAACUGUAUCGCGUUCUGAAUUUGCAUUACAACCGUAAUAACCAUAUUGAGGUACCUCAAAAUUUUCGUUUUGUUGUCGAACAAACAUUGCGUGAAUUCUAUCGCGCUAUCCAAGGAGGCAAGGAUACCGAACAAUCGUGGAAGAAGGCAAUCUACAAAGUCAUCUCUCGUAUGGACGAUCCAGUGCCCGAAUACUUCAAGUCUCCCAACUUUUUGGAACAACUGGAAUAAGAGGAAAGUGAACGCAAUCGUGUUAUUCACAUGCUUCGCACAAAUUUAAAACGCAAAUCUAAAUCAAGUAAAUCUUCGAAAGUUAUAACAACAGGUACUACAACAACCGUAACUACAUCAACCGCGCAUGCAGCAUCUGCACCAAGGGCAACUUUCGCAACAACUGCAGUUAUGGCUACAACCGCAGCCAUCCCAACGACUGGUGUUGAAAAUAUGGCUAGCGUAGCGAUUACCAAUAUAUACCAGCAAAAUUUGCCGAGCAUAAGUUAAGUUCGUCCCAUUUGGUUCAGUUCGAAUUUUCUUUAGUUCGAAUAUGAAAUAGGUAGAAUCUUUAAGACAUUGCUUACAGCCGAAAUUUAUAAAACAAUUAUUGAGCAAAAUCACGUGAACAACUGACAGCAAAUCACUUUAGGCCGGUAAAUAUUCGCUUUGGAAAUACAUAGCAUAUGUAUAUAUUUUAUGUAGAUGAAGCUAUCGAAACAAAAAGGAGGGUGAAAUUGAAAACUUUACUUUAAAACUUGUAUUAAGAAGUUACUAACAAAAAAAAUUAUGAGUGUCACAAAGACAUUUCUUUCGACAAUACGAUAAAAUAUGAUUUAUUAAAAAGGUAAUUUCGAUAAGAUGCUGCGGAAAAGUCCUAAACUUCCUAAAUAUUUAAAUGCAUCCCAUUGUUCAUUCAUUUUCACAACGCGCAUUGCGUUCACAAAAGCAAACUAACUCAAACAUACCAAAAAAAA